AGCAAGAAGUCCCAGCUACGACAAAUGGAGGUCCUAAACUGUCCGCUACUGUCGGUGAAUGUGCGCGUGUGGCGCUUCUGGUCAUUCGUGCUGGUGCACAACUGGCGACGGUACAUCAGCAUCAUCCCGGUGACGGCGCUGAACGUGUUCAUGUUUGCCGACCUGUACCGGGCCUGGGGCAACAUCGAGGAGGUCAUUAUUAAUGCUUAUUUUGCGGUGCUCUAUUUCAACGCGGUGCUGCGCACGCUGAUACUAGUGUACAAUCGGGACAAGUACGAGUCAUUCCUGGCCGGUGCGGCCAGCGUGUACGAGGAAAUACGAGCUAUCAACGAUGACGUCAUCACGAAACUCGUUUCAACGUACACUAAAAGGGCUCGCUUCCUGUCCAUCUCCAACCUGGCGCUCGGUGCGUUCAUCAGUGGGUGUUUCGUUGUGUAUCCACUGUUUACCGGGCAGCGGGGCCUACCGUACGGGAUGUUCAUACCGGGCGUGAACAAUUUCGACUCACCGCAGUACGAAAUCUUCUACAUCACCCAGCUGGUGCUGACGUUCCCCGGGUGCUGUAUGUACAUUCCGUACACGAGCUUCUUCGCCUCGAGCACCCUGUUCGGGCUGGUGCAGAUCAAAACGUUGCAGCAUCAGCUGAAAACCUUCCGCAGCUCGGAAAUGCUCAACGAAAGCACGGUAGUACUCAACCGAAAGCUGCAGAAGCUGAUCGAAGAUCACAAGCGAAUCAUUCGCUAUGUGAAAGAUCUUAACGAUCUGGUAACCUACAUCUGCCUGAUAGAGUUCCUGUCGUUCGGAUUAAUGUUGUGCGCGCUGCUGUUCUUACUUAAUAUUAUCAGUGUGAUGGCUCAGAUCGUUAUCGUUGGAGCGUAUAUAUUCAUGAUCCUCACACAAAUAUUUGCCUUCUACUGGCACUCGAACGAGGUGCGGGAGGAAAGCAUGGCCAUCGCACAGGCCUCGUACAGCGGACCGUGGCUGAAUGUGGAUGACACUAUUAAAAAGAAGCUUCUCAUGAUGACGAUCCGUGCCCAGCGUCCACUAGAGAUCACAGUCGGUAACGUGUAUCCGAUGACGCUGGAAAUGUUUCAAUCACUGCUGAAUGCGUCCUACUCGUACUUUACGCUUCUGAGAAGAGUUUACAAUUAAAAGAUGGCAAUGAUAGCAUGAACUUAACGCGAUAAGUUUGGAAGCAUAGUACGCCCACCAACGCCCACCCACAUACUUACAACUUUACACUUUAAUAACCACAAAAAAGGCUACGGGAGCCCAGUGAAGAGAGGGCAAGCAGACUAAAAGCCACCGAAAAUCGUGAUAAAUCAUCCAGCCAGCUCAUCAUCGUCAUCAUCGCUCCACCUUUCUGUUUGGUGAUAAAUUCAUCCCGAUGGUGCAAGUUUUGAGUCCCUAAACUUUGCUCUUAAUCUCCACUUCAAGCAUGAAGUGCUUCUUUUGUGUGGGCGUUGAUUACGUGAUACGAUUAUUGUUCGGUUGUUACUUUUUCAUUCUUGGCGUGUGCUGUGGACGGUUUCCGAUUCUUUGCCGGCUGUGCAUACGUACGCUGGCUGUUGGCCUUUUUUAAUGGAAGUAUAUGAGAGUGAAAGGUCGCAGUUGGUGCUAUUAAUUCCACGGUGCAGUGUGUGCACGCUGGUACAGUUUUGAUAUUCAUCACUUGAAUUUUAAAUGCUAUUUUACAAGCAAAUUGAAAUGCAGAUGUAUAUUUUUUGGGGUUCUUUUAAAGGAUCACAUCUGCUGAGAGCAUUAUCUUCAUUAUCUUCAGAGAGGAAUCCAAUAAAAAUCAAAGAGAAAAGCGAAAUAAAGGAAAUCUCUUGAUAAAUAUAUCCAUUCAGCAUGGCACCAUCAUUUAGUUGUUUGAAAUAUUGCAUGCAAAUGUUGAUGCACGCUUUUAUGACAUG